CGCAGUUGGUGCGGCCCGGGACGGCAUGGCUGUCGCACUCCGGCCUCGGAAGCAAGCCGUCCUGCGGGCGCUGCGGGCCUGGGUGUGUGCUGGGGUGGGAGGCUCUGGCUCCGCCGGCUGCCGCUGCCCCCUCGGAGCUAAAAGAUAUCUACUUACAGAUAAUGUUGUGAAAUUGAAAGAAUUUCAGCAAAAGAAGGUGGCUAUUGCAUACACUCUUCCUGGUACCAAAGAAACCUAUUUGAGCAGCUUGGAGGAGAAAUUGACCCAGAACAAGCUCAUCUUGAAGGAGGAGCUGAGAACCUUACUUCAUUUAUGUGAGUCCCGUGAUGAUGUGGAACUGGCUAAACAUGUCAUUUACAGGUACUAUGUAGAGAACAGAAAUGUCACACUGGGAGAGUAUAAGUUUGGACCACUUUUCAUGAGGUUGUGCUACGAGUUGGAUCUUGAGGAGUCUGCAGUGGAGCUCAUCAAAGACCAGCAAUUACGAGGUUUCUUCUCAGACUCUACGUCAUUCAAUAUUUUGAUGGACAUGUUAUUUAUCAAAGGAAAAUAUAAAAGUGCUUUGGAAGUAUUGAUCGAGAUGAAAAACCAAGAUGUGAAGUUCAGCAAAGAUACCUAUGUCCUUGCUUUCGCGAUUUGCUACAAACUGAAUAGCCCUGAGUCUUUUAAAGUCUGCACCACAUUAAGGGAAGAAGCCCUAAUCAAAGGAGAAGUCCUUGCCAAGAGAGCAUGCUAUUUUGCUGUGGCACUAGCUCUGAAUCAGAACCAAGUGGAAAAAGCUACAUCCAUUUUUUCUCAAAUCAUGAAUCCAGAAAGCAUAAUCUGCGCUAAUUUAAAUCUUAUGAUCCAUAUUCAGUCAAAUAUGUUGAAACCCCUGAUAGAGAUACUAAAGGAUGCCACAGAGGAAAAUGUAUCAAAAUUUGUGAAAAAACUUAAGUUCUCAGAAGAAGUGCUGGCUAAAGUGAGGAGAAAAGUGAGGGAUGUGCCUGCCCUUCUGGCCACCUUUGACGAGCUCUAUGGGAAACUGCACAUAAACGGCCAGGUCACCACUCACAGUUUGGAUACUCUGCUCUGCCACACCCCCAAACAACUGAAGUCCCACAUGGUACUCAUAAACAAGAGGACAGUCAGCCGCCGGACCUUCCAGCCACUCAGCCAGUCCUUGUGGGCUGAGUAACCUUUAGUCCAACCCCCCGUGGGGUGGGUCUGAGGUGGAGGGGACUUGCUUGUAGUGAGUUAUUGGCACCCUAAGAAAUCAGGCACCGAACUCCAGUGGACUCUGUACUAGCAUCUGGUCUCCUUAAUGUCCGGGUUCAUUGAGUGCUGGCUUGCUGACCUGGGAAGUUAAUCCAUUUGAGGUCUAGAUACAAGGGUCAGAAAGCUGAGCUCCCUGAGAAAGAGGCUUGUUCUGGUCAACUGCUGAGGAUCCUUGAAGGAAUAUGGUCAGAGUCUCCAGUCCAGCUUCCAGCACCAGUACACCUGAUAAGCAAAAGUGGAGGGAAUUUCACUGUACACGGUCAGUUCUGACUAACUGAGGAGAUGGUUACUUGCUGAAUUCAGACGUUCUGAACUCCAAGGCCACCAUGCUGGGAAGUAGCUCAGGAUUUUCUCACUGCUUCUGUCAUCAUUUACCUGUGACCCCAAACAAGGUACGUGGGCCCUCAUUUGCCAUCUGUAAAAUAAGAGUGUCUGUAGGCAUCGUGUAUUGAUUUGAAUUUUAUUUUUCAUUCAAGUUUCAGUAGGGUCAAAUUUUCUCAAAAA